UGCAAAAUGGCCGCCGGGGUCCCCCCGGCGCAGGCGCAGCGCAGCUCCCUCACAGACAGCCCCUCCGCCCGGCCGGCCCCAGGGCAGGCAGUGAGGAUUCCCUCCGUGAUUCCCCGUGCGAUUCCCGGAGUGGCGGCUGAAGCGCUCCGCGGCCGGCGCUCACACGGCCGCUUCGGAGAGCCAGGCUGCUCGCCAGCCUCGGAGGGAGGCGGCGUUGGGAAGGAGCGCAGCCUCUGUCGGCGGCGGGGCUCGGAGAGGCUCUGCAGGCUUGCAGUGCUCUGGCUGGUAUUUAAGGAAACAACAGCAAACUUGGCAGCCGGGCUUGGAGCGAGCGGGUACGGCUCCCGUCACAUUAAGGCAUUUUCAGCAGUUGGUUAUGUAAAACUUCCCGACACCAUCGUGCGCCCAUGGAACAGCGGCGUUUAUUCAUCGCUUGGCUCCUUCACCGAAGGAGAUUCGAAGGGCGGAGGCUGCCUUUGCCGCCGGCGGCGGCGGGGAGAGGGGAAGCGCCUUUUCCCGCGGGCAUGCUGGGACUGCGAGUGCGCCCGCCGCACUUCCGUCUGCGCGGCGCCCGGGCCUGCGGACGGUGGUGGAAAAAUAAGAAACAGAAUGAAACCUUUCCAAAAGGUCUGUCUUUUCAAGAGCCUGUUUGCCAAUUGCUGCUGUCACAGCCAACUUGACAGCUGUCUUCUCCCUCCUGUUGCAAAGAAGAUCGGCUGCGUGGUGGGACUGCACAGCCAUGGAUUCUGGAGGCCAAAGCCUUUAUUGGACACAGCUCGAGUCACUCUGUCCUUUAACAGUCGGCACAGGAAAAACCAUCAGAAUUCUCAGGCUUUGUGGAAGCAUAAGGCUGUGCAGAAGUAUCUGGAGACUCUAAGCAAGGAAUACCAGCAGGUUAGUCAUCAGUUAAGUGCAGACUCAUUAAAUGACUUUGAGCAAAGAGCCCUGAGGAGAAGAUGCGCCGAUCUGUCCCCCAUUGCAGCGGCAUUUCAAGAAAUCAAAGAGGCUGAGAGAGAAGUUCAGGAGUUAGAAGCGAUGUGCACAGAGCUAGACAGCAGAGAUGAGAAACAGCUUCUACAGCUUGCCUUAGAAGAGAAGGAAAGCCUGGAUAAAAAAAUGAACAUGUUGUGCAGAAAGCUUUUCCAGCUUCUAGUGCCAAAGGAAAAAUAUGAUAGAAGUCCUGUCAUAUUAGAAGUGACAGCUGGCAGAACAACUGGAGGGGACAUCUGCCAGCAGUUCACUAAAGAGAUGUUUGAGAUGUACCAGAGCUAUGCCGACUACAAACGCUGGACCUUUGACAUUGUGAACUAUACACCGGCUGAGAUAGGAGGCUUGCAUCAUGCUGCUGCUCAUAUUUCGGGAGAGAAUGUCUACAGGCAUCUGAAAUAUGAAGGAGGGACUCACCGGGUCCAGCGAAUCCCUGAGAUGGGCUUGUCGUCCAGAAUGCAGCGUAUUCACACUGGGACAAUGUCAGUCAUUGUCCUCCCUCAGCCAGAGGAGGUUGAUGUUAAAGUGGAUCCCAAAGAUUUGCGUAUAGAUACAUUCAGAGCCAAAGGAGCGGGAGGGCAACACGUGAACAAAACUGAUAGUGCUGUGAGGAUUGUGCACCUUCCUACAGGGCUGGCGGUUGAGUGCCAGCAGGAGCGGUCACAGCAGCUGAACAAGGAGAUUGCUCUGCGGACACUGAGAGCAAAGCUCUACCAGCAGCUCAUUGAAAAGCAGCUCAGCCAGGAGCAGAGCGCCAGGAGGCUGCAGUUGGGAACAAGAGCCCAGUCAGAGAGAAUUCGUACUUACAACUUUACCCAGGACAGAGUCACUGACCACAGGAUCUCAUAUGAUGCACGCAAUAUCAAGGAAAUUCUAAGUGGGAAAGAAGCACUGGAUAAUCUAAUCAACAGACUACUGGAGUUUGCAGAGAUAGAGGCUGUCACCCAAUAUCUAGAAAAUUUGCAGGCUUUAGAAGGAGGAGGCUGAAGACCUCAAGUAGAAUUAAAACAAAUUGUUGUGUUUGGUAGCAGAACAAAACGUGUUUUUUAGAUUAUGUUGAUUAAAACCCAUUUCUCUGUU